ACGGCUGUUGAUUGGUUCUCAGCCGUAUCCGGUGGGGCAGCGGUCCAGGGCUCGGGAAAAAAAUCGAAGCGAGGAGGAUCUGGUAACGGUACGCUUUGAAAAAUAUCACCCAUCCCGAGUCGCUACCGAAGGGCUCGGCAGGAUUUUACAGUUUCUUUACAAAGGUUAGAGAUCACAGAGCAGGGUUGUGGUUGUCGUCAUGGCAUCUGGAAGCACGAGCAGCGAGGAGGAGCGGAGCCUUAGGGAGUGUGAGCAGUACGUGCAGAAACACAACAUUCAACAGCUGCUGAAGGACUGCAUUGUCCAGCUGUGCACCUCCAGGCCAGACAGGCCCAUGGCCUUCCUCAGGGAGUACUUCGAGAGGCUGGAGAAGGAGGAGGCCAAGCAGAUUCAGAACCAACAGAAGGCCAGCAGUUCCCGUUCAGACUCCCGCGAUGAGGAGGUGUCUCCACCUAUGAACCCUGUGGUAAAGGGUCGCCGGCGGAGAGGAGCCUUCAGUGCAGAGGUUUACACAGAGGAGGAUGCAGCCUCAUAUGUCAGAAAGGUCAUUCCAAAAGACUACAAGACGAUGGCAGCCUUGGCUAAAGCUAUUGAAAAGAAUGUGCUCUUCUCACACCUGGAUGACAAUGAGAGGAGUGACAUAUUCGAUGCAAUGUUUCCAGUCACCUACAUCGCUGGGGAGACGGUUAUUCUGCAAGGUGACGAAGGCGACAAUUUCUAUGUUAUCGACCAAGGGGAAAUGGAUGUCUAUGUGAACAAUGAAUGGGUGACCAGCAUCGGAGAGGGAGGCAGCUUUGGAGAGUUGGCCCUGAUCUACGGCACUCCGAGGGCGGCCACAGUCAGAGCUAAGACCAACGUCAAGCUGUGGGGCAUCGACAGAGACAGCUACAGGAGAAUACUCAUGGGAAGCACUUUGAGAAAGAGGAAGAUGUAUGAGGAAUUCCUCAGGAAAGUGUCCAUUUUAGAGUCUCUUGACAAAUGGGAGCGUCUGACAGUCGCCGAUGCCUUGGAGCCCGUCCAGUUCGAGGACGGACAGAAGAUUGUCGUGCAGGGAGAGCCCGGAGACGAGUUCUUCAUCAUCUUAGAGGGUUCUGCAGCUGUGUUGCAGCGACGCUCAGAGAACGAAGAGUUUGUGGAGGUGGGGAGAUUAGGACCAUCUGACUACUUUGGUGAGAUUGCUCUGUUGAUGAACCGUCCCCGCGCUGCCACCGUGGUCGCCCGUGGCCCCCUGAAGUGCGUCAAGCUCGACCGGCCCCGCUUCGAGCGCGUCCUGGGUCCCUGUUCGGACAUUCUCAAACGUAACAUCCAACAGUACAACAGCUUUGUCUCGCUGUCUGUCUGAAGGGGGGGGGGGGGGCGUCUCUCCUCCACCUUCCCCUCCACCCUCCACCCUCCACCCUUUCCCCUCCUUCUCCCCUUUUAGACCCAGGGUCCACCAAUGCAAUUUAGUUUUUUGUCACUUUCUUCUUUCUGUUUGCUUUUCUUUCUUCUCCCCCCCCUCUUUGUUUUACACACACACACACAGAUCAUUUUGUUGUUACCACCUGUCACGCAUAGGUGACUUUUAGCCAUUCACCAGCGCUUGUACCAGCUGCUGUACGCUACCUUGUAGGCACAGUUACAUCACAUUACCUAAGUUAUAUAUGUAUUUGCUGGUUAUGCUGUUUUUUUUUUUUUUUUGUUUUGUUUUUUUUUUUUUGACUUAAACUCAGAACAGGAUUGUUAGGAGAUCUGAAAGACAUUUGGGUCUCAGACUGAUGAGACAGGACAAUCAAACUUUACAUGGCGCUUUUGGUGAAUUUGUUACAGAUUUAUGUUGUAGAUUGAAGUGAAGAGAGGACUGCUUCUUCCCCGUUUUAAGAGUUUCCUUUUUGACAUCAGUUAGCCUGAUUAGAUAAACAGUGUAGAGCAGGACCUAGAAACUGUAGAAGGCAGGAAGAAUAUGACUGCUUCAUCUUUAGUUUUUAGGUUGCGGCUGCGAUAUGAUGCUCCAUUUGUUAUUUUUUGGUUCCCUUUCGAUCGGUAUGACAAGACGGUGAUGAUUUUGCUUAGUUUGAGAGAGCUUGUGCAACUUAAGGUUUUGAUUUAAUUGUGCAGCUACCAGGCUAGUGCCAAAUGUUGAUUCUUGUUACAACGCAACGACGCAUAGCCGUGGAAAUGCAGUGCGUGUUCUGUUCCCUGACUAUUUGGAGCUCCAAACAGGAAGUAGUUUAUUACCCUUAUUGUCCUCUUAAUUGGUAGAAUGACCAUACAAGAACUGCCUUGACUACUCUGAGGAAAAAAAAAAGAAAGGAAAAAAAACAAGAGUAUUAAGUGUAUUUCAGUAUUCAAUUUUUUUAGUAUAUACCAAAUAACUUGGUCACUCUUCUGCUAUGGUUUGUAAUCAAAAUGUUAUCAUAGUAUAGUUAAAACGAUCAUAGUUCUAUUAUUAUCAUUGACUAAAUGAUAAACUUAUGGUUUGGAGUGAUGGUGAUCUUAAAAAAAUAUGUUUAACUGUCUUUUGUAAACACUUAUUUUUCCAUAAAUUCUAUUUUAGGUGUCCAGUGCCACAAAGUAAAUAAAUGCUUCUUCUUGUCAACUGACAAAACAGUAUGUAAUUGUAUUGUGUAAAACGUCAUGGGUUAAAACUUUUUAAAAUAGAUCAAAAGGGUAAUUACAGGUUUAUUGAAGUGAAGUCUUGAAAUAAACAAACAUGAAAAAAACAAAGGAGAUGGUUUAUGGAUUUUCAGGACAUCUGAAGUAUUUAUGUAUCGCAGCAUCACAGGUGAGCUGACAGGCAGAGUGAGCAGAUAUUUAUUUAAAACUAGUGUCAUUGCUUAUUGCCUAUUUGAAAAGGUGGCUGUCUUCUCAUCAGAGUAGCUUGUGAUCUGUUCUCUAUGCUUACUUGGCAUGAUGUUUUAGGCAUCCAGUGAUCCGGUAUGAAUGGAAGCGUGAAUUUAAAAAAAAAAAAAAAAACAAAAAAAAAAAGAAAAAAAUACCUUUCCCUGCAGCUGCGUGCAGAAGCAGGACCUAUGUCAAAUAUUUGGUUUGUUACUCCCUAGCUUAACUGCAUCAUGACUAUUUAGAUGGCAUAAAAUGUUAAGUCUGUCUUUUUAUUUAAAAAAAAAAAAAAAGAUCUUUACCAAAUCACAUAAUGUUGACUUAUGGAUUAUAGGCUUAACUCUUCAUUCCUGCCUCACUGUCUGUUACCAGAAACGACCCAGUCACGUUUCUGUUUCUGUUUCGUCUCAGUUCGAAGCACUUGUACGCGCUUAGAAUUGAGAUGUAUGUUUGUCUGUCGAAAAAGAUUUGAUUUUGGUGCCGAUUGCAGGGUAGUCAGGUUAGCGAUGAAAGUUUUUGUUAUUGGACAUGAGUGUUAUUUUUUUUUUCUUUACAGUUAAAUUGAGCAUCCUCAUCUGUUCCCCCCUAACCCUCAGGUUAUCCUUGUGGAUGUGGUUACAUGUGGAUUUGUGUCCAUGGGCAACACAUCCUUGUUUAUCCCGAUCCACAGGAAAUGACUCCGUUAGGGGCGAGGGUUUGAUUCUCCUUUGUUGAAAAAAUAUUGUUUUUGUGUAAAUAGCAGCAUCAUCGGUUUUAUUCCAAAAUGUUUUUAGCCACACUGCAAUCGUCCCGGUUUGCCUUAGCUUACCUAACCUGGGCUUUACAGUAGUAGUCGGUCACUCCUGCUAGCCCGACCUUCAGUGAGUUUGUUAGACCUGUAGCGCGAGAGAGCUGCAGGCGAUCAGAGGACCAUUCUUUUUCUAUUCUACCCUGUAUUCAGUUUGACCUCCUGUAUGUGCAAAGAUGUUUAUCCUUUUGGUAUAGAUUGUUCCAGAUGGCAGUUUAAGCAAUAAAAAAGUAAAAAUGA